CUGUUACGCGCUGUCCAUACCGUAAGACCAAGAGCUCAGUGCAAAUGCGGUAGCAGUUCGGAAAAGACGGUCGGGGGAAACUGUGAGUCCGUUCAUCACAGAAGUCGCGUGUGAUAAUUAUUCUGUAACGCGAGGCGUAGCCGUGCAUCCACACAGUUCUUGAUUGAACUAACGCACCGGGUCGCAGAGAGGUGGCACUUCUUUACCAUGCCAUGGCACUGGUAGCCUGUUCUCGGAGCGUCUGAAUUUCGGGAACAGUUCAAAGAAGACUGGUAGCUCCUAGAGCUGUUUGGUCUACAUCAGUCCACCCAUCAGGAUCUAGUCCGGCGCCCCGCCGCCACCAUGCCGACGUCGCACAUACCGCGCUACACGUCGACGUCGUCGGUGUCGCUGCGUCUCGGCACGCCCACGGCCGCGAGCACGCCCACCACGGAGGCCGAGCGUCGCCGCAGGAUCGCCGCCGUCGAUUCGCAGCGCAGUGCACGGGAGUAUGCUGCUCUUGAGAAGAAGUACCAGCAGUUACAGAACACAGUGGAUAGCCUUCAAAAACAACUGGCAGAGAAGGACGAAAAAUACUCCAAACUAGCAAAAGUGUCAGAGCAAGUGUUCAAUGAAUAUGAAAAACUGAAGAGUAAAUAUGAUGUAGAAACAGGAGCAAUGCAGGAUGCAAUGAAAACAGCUUCACAGUGGUACAAGCAGAACCGAGAGCUGAAGCGCAGGAGUGCAGUCCUCAUACAAAAGUUUCUGCAGGUGUCUGCAGAUGGAGGAAUUGACCUGGUUGAUGCACAGGAUGACUUCAGUGUAGCUGAGCGAGAUGAAGAUGAUUUAGCUCAACUCAGAGAAGCUGUUAAAGAGCUGACAGGGCAAGUUGCUGACCUGCAGGCACAGCUUAAGAUUGCCCGUCUGCAAGAAUUUGAGGCACAAGAGGCAGCAGCGGAGCUGUCAUCACAACUUGAAGUGGAGUCUGAAAAGAGGCGUCAACUGGAAGCUGAUCUUGCGGAAACAAAGCGUCUGCGGGAGUGGGCAGAAAGCCUUGCCCAAAGAGAAGCAGAGGUACUGAGGCAAGAAGCUGAGCGUGUGAAGGAGGAGGCAGAACAAGCACGUCAGCAAGCCAGUACUGCCCAGAAGGAGCGAAAUGUUCUGGCUCAUCAAAGUGCGCUGUUAAUGGUUGAUGUAAUGGGUGAAGAGCGCAUUGUGCAACUAUUGGAAGAAGUUAACAAGUUAAAGAGUCAAAUUGAGGAUGAGCAACGAUCACAUGCAGCAGAACUAAAAGAAUUGCAGGAUCGCUUGGAUCAGAAUGAUGCAGCUGCACAACUAGAGUUGCUGGAAGAACGGUUGAAGUUGUCCGAAGCAGAACUACAGUGUGUACUGCAAAGAGCUGAGCGUGCUGAGUCCUCGGCAGCUGACCUUACCUCUAAAGUGACAGAGCUACAGAAUGAAAUAGAGGAACUGAAGCGAGCUCCACCACCUCCACCUCCUCCUCCCCCUCCACCUCCCCCUCCCCCUCCACCUCCCCCACCCCCUCCACCAACAUCUUUGCCACUUCCUCCAUGUCUAGGAGGCAACUGCACAACAGUGGCUUCCAGUCACAAUGGAAAUGAAGAUCCAGUUGGUGACAUGGCUACUAUCCUCGGACGUAAGGUCAACACUCCUGCUGCUGCAUCUUCAGGAGCUAUUAGUGAAAUCAUCAAUCAGAUUAAAGGAGGAAGAUUCACACUGAAAUCACCAGAGAAAGUUACCAGCAAGAAAGAAGAGGACCCUCCACCAGCUGUGCAGGAGAUGUUAACCAUUAUAGGCACCCUCAAAAGGCGUAAAAAGGUGCAAGACAAUCGACAAGCACCGAGUGAUGUAGCACUAUGACUGUCAUGUAAUAUCACAACUAUUAAUAAUUUGUGGUGGAAUUACACUAGAGUGCACCAAAUGUGUAUUUGUGUUCUGUACUGGCUCCAAUAGAACACUGUUACUUCUCAAACUGUUGUGUUCUGUGGACUCUGUGAUUGCUCACUGUUAACUGUACAAACUAGGAAAGGACUUAUACUCACCAGUAGUGGAGGUUCCAGUAGCAGCAGCACGCAGCAGUACUCACUGAAGCUUGAGACUAUGAAACUAAAAGCUUGUUCUUCUAUUCCUCCUCUGCUACAAGUGAUUAAAUUACAAAAGAAAAUGUGUGAUAAAUAAAGCUGACAUGCUGAUUUUGUGACACUCAAGAUGUUAAUUAAUAAAUGACUUAUUCAUGGCCUCCCAUCUUACAAUACUUUACCUUUUACUUCAUUUUCAAUUAAAUUAAGAGAAAGUACUUUUUUUUUCAAAAUCAUGGUAAUGUGAGUGAUACUACACAUUGCUGUACUGUUGACAUAUUUGUAAUAUCCUAAUGGCUAUAGUCAGUAUGCUCAGCUCUAUGCCUCAGUUAUUAGUCUUUAGGCUAAUUUGCUUGUGUAUCUAAAAUGUAUAACAACACAGAAUGAAUUAUUGAAAUUUUUACUUGUAAUUUUUAUAUGAGACAGAAACCAAAUAAA